AUGCGUUGGACAAAAAGCAAUUCCCUAAGGCAUGGCCCCAUAGCCAUCAUCUCCGCACUCCUCCUCUCCCUAGGUUCUCUCGCACACGCAAAAUGGAAUAUCCCACCAGAGUACGCGCUGUAUGCAUCAGACAACGGGCAUUAUUUCCAGACCGUUGAUGGAAAGCCUUUUUUCUGGCAGUCGGACACCGCGUGGCUUCUGAUUAAUCGUCUUAACCGCACCGAAACAAUCACAUACCUGUCCGACCGCGCCUCAAAAGGCUUCACCAUCGUUCAAGCAUGCGGGGCGCAUUGCAACGGUCCUGAUCAGCCUGACCGCGCGGGAAACCUCGCCUUUGUGGAUGGCGACUUCGGUAAACCCAAUGAAGUAUAUUGGGAGUAUGUCGACUCCAUCGUUGAACUUGCGUGGAAAGACUACGGAAUCAGGAUCGUGAUGCAUCCCGCCUGGGGCGGCUACGUGCACAAUGACAAAGGCGUACCUGGGUCCUUGAACGAGAGCACGGCGAGGGUAUUUGGAGAGUUUGUGGGAAGGAGAUAUCCAUAUGUGCCGAAGAUAUUGUUUGGAGACACGAAUCCUUGGUGGAAGAAUAAGACAGCUGUGAGUACGGACUACGCUUAUGGAGGUGUGGCAAGUGCACGUUUGCCGGAAGAGUAUCCUGUUAUUGACUUCUCGGGCGUUUAUCAUGCACUUGCGGAGGGGAUCGUGAAGGGAGAGGGCGAGGUUGUGAGGAAUGGGAGUUAUGAUGCUGGAAGUGGGAAUCAGAGCUAUGUUCCCAUGAUCUCGAUGCAUCCUACGAACCAGUGGUUUCUGGGCGGUCCAUUAGCACUGGCGAGUAGUUUUUUUGGGGAGUGUGGGUGGUUGGCGUUUGAUGUGAGUCAGUCAGGACACUCGGAUCGUCCGCCCAAUCCUCCGAUUCCGUGGUGGUCGUGUCGGAGGGGUUGGGAGCCGGCGGAGCUAAUGUGGAGUGUGGGCGAGAGUACGCCUGGGAAGAAGAGACCAGCGAUCGAGAACGAGCCGCACUAUGAGUGGCGGUAUAAUAACGGGAAGUCGGGCAAAGCUAAUGGAAUGUAUUGGAAUGCGAGCGAUGUGCGUAUUGGCACGUGGCAGACGGUGUUCGCAGGUAUGGCUGGCCUCACUUACGGAGCCAACACCAUCUGGCAGAUGGCUAUCCCCGACCUAUACCCAGCCGAUGAGAGCGGCCCACAGAUUCCAUGGUAUGAGGCUAUUACUUUGCCUGGUUCCAGCCAGAUGCAAUGGAUUAAGAAAGCCAUCCUAGACCGCGGGGAUGGCACUUACUUCGAUCGCAUCCCAGCGCAGGACAUCAUCGUCGGCAACGCUGGCACUUCUGACGCCCGGAUCGCCGCCACUCGCGAUGCGGAUGGUUCCUGGCUUAUGGUAUACUCACCGAACGCAAGCUUUACUGUCGAGACUAAGAGUCUCAAGGGCUGUGACAUCAAGGCUAGCUGGUUCAGUCCGCUGACCGGGGAGUAUACACCGGUGAACAACUAUACGCAGUGUGGAGGAUCGACAUCGCACGCGUCCAAAAAAAUCAUCAACGCUGACCCCGAGCGUCUCCAUACCUCGAAAAAUGCAGCCUUCGCCAUCGCCCUUGCAACCGAGCUCUUCAUCCAGCACUUCGCUACCGCAACACACAACGUCGUCAAAGCAGAGACGCAGAAGAAGCCCAGGCGAAACGUUCAGUACCGCGAUGUUGCAACGGCCGUCGCGAAGACGGAUAAUCUCGAGUUUCUGGUGGAUGUCGUGCCCAGGACAGUGAGGUUUGGGGAGGUGAGAGAGAAGAGGGAGAGGAAGGAGAAGGAGGCAGAGGGGAAAGGGAAGGAGGGCAGCAAGGAGAAUGGGGAGGGCGCGAGUGGAAAUGUGUUGGAGCGGUUGAUGGCGAAUGGGAAGAAGGUGAAUGAGGAAGAGAAGGAGAAGGUUGAGAAAGAAGGCCCUAUUGUGGAACAAGCAGAAGGCGGCGCUGAGGCUAUGGAGAUAGAUCAGGAGCCACAGAAGGCGGAGGAGGCGAAGGAAACGCCGGUCGUCGAAGUCGAGGACAGCGAGCCUGAGCAGGACGAGGUGGCCAUGCAGAUCGAGAUGGAGAUGCGAGGACCGCGGACGAAUGGUAGUGCCGCUACCGCUGCCAGCCCAAAGGCUCCCACAGUCAGCCCUCCUGCUCCUGCUCCUGCUCCUGCACCUGCGCCAGCUCCUACACAGAGACCUACGAGGUCGAGCGGCUUCACAGCGAUCAACGGUUCAAAAUAA